GCAUCCAGCGAGCCGUCAGUUGGCUUAAAAGCGUGCAAGGCAAAGCAUCGCGUUAACGAAACGGUAAACGUUACCAAAACCGUUAAGUGUUUGUUGUCACGGUGUGUGUGUGUUUAUGUGUGUAUGUGUGCGGCCAAUGUUUCUGUGAUUAUCUAAUCGUCGUAAACACAGCAAAAUACUUACAAACAUAUAUAAAACCAACAUAAAUACAUAAUUAAAAAAAGCCAGGCCAACGCCAAAAAUAAUAAUAACAAAGAAAAACGAACAACUUUCCAAAAUUAAACAUACAUACAAACACAUUUAUAUCAAGAAAUAAGAAACUAUAACGAAUAUCACAAAAAGUCAGCUCGCGGCAUCUACAACACCUGCAAUAACAGCCACAACAUGGACGUACUCAUGCAUGAUGUGUUGCACUGGUAUAGAGACCUGAUGGACAACAAAAGCGAUCCGCGCGUCAAAAAUUUCUUUAUGCUCUCCUCGCCUCUGCCCACGCUGUUUCUGUGCCUCUUCUAUGCAUAUUUCAGUAAAUCUCUGGGGCCGCGGCUAAUGGCCAAUCGUAAGCCGAUGGAUCUGCGCAAGGUGCUCGUCUACUACAAUGCGGUGCAGACCAUCUUCAGUGCGUGGAUAUUUUACGAGUACUUAAUGAGCGGCUGGUGGGGCCACUAUAGCUUAAAAUGCCAGCCCGUCGACUACAGCAACAGUCCCAUGGCCAUGCGGAUGGUCAAUAUCUGCUGGUGGUAUUACAUAUCAAAGUUCACAGAAUUCUUUGACACGCUCUUCUUUAUACUCCGCAAGAAGAAUGAGCACGUAUCAACGUUGCAUGUCAUACACCACGGCUGCAUGCCGUUCUCGGUGUGGAUGGGCCUUAAGUUUGCACCGGGUGGUCACAGUACUUUCUUUGCCCUGCUCAACUCGUUUGUACAUAUUGUUAUGUAUUUCUAUUAUAUGAUUGCUGCCAUGGGUCCAAAGUAUCAGAAGUUUAUCUGGUGGAAGAAAUACCUAACCACCUUCCAAAUGGUGCAAUUUGUGGCCAUAUUUACGCAUCAGUUCCAGCUUUUGUUCCGCGACUGUGAUUAUCCCAAGGGCUUCAUGGUCUGGAUUGGACUGCACGGCGUGAUGUUCCUAUUCCUAUUCUCUGAUUUCUACAAGGCUAAGUAUCUGAAUGCAAAGCGUCGACGCCGCGAGGCAGUCAAAGUCAAUGGCCAUGCCAAUGGCGUCUACACGAAUGGCAAAGUCAAGCAUUUAGGCAACGGAGAUGCCCCGCUCCCUGCCAAUGGCACCAACAAGGGUGCCUGUAUGCCCGUUUUGGACGAUGAAUAUGUGAAUAGCAACGGGCAUGCGAAUGGCUUUAAGGAUGGUUACUUCAAGGAGGGCGUACUCUCAACCAACGAUGCCAUCUUGAAUCCGGACAGCAGUAGCUCUAGUCUGCACCAGCGCAAAGUCAAAUAA